UCGUUCACGGCGACGCCGGCGUCGGGAGCGUCGCUGCGUGAAGGCAUUCGCGAGCAAUCGACGUGUCCUCGCGAAAACCUUGUACACGGUCGCCGAUUCGAAAAAGCGUCGCGUGGAAAAACAGAGAGACAGGGGAGGAAGAAAUAAAUCGGAUCGGGUAUGCGUUCGUUGACGUUUCGUAGAACGAGACUUAUGUCAACCGAACGCGACGUCCGGGCUCGGGACCUGAGUUUCACGGAUUCGAAUCUUUAGGACCCACCCACGACACGAUGGCUAAGAACGUAGGGGAGAGCCGAAUACCAGUUCCUCGAGCGGCGAGGCCGUCGUUCUUCCCGAAAUCAAGAGUGCUGGGCACGCCACCGAUCGUGUCCAACCACCGCCGCUCGUUCCUAUCGGGAUGUUUGCAGUUCGUCGAUGCUGAGAACGAGCCAAUUAAAAAGUGCGCGGUGCGAACUGUCAGUACACCUCAAGACCCGAGUAGCAAAACGUACACGAUAUCGCCUGUCUGGGACGCCGACAAAGAUGACGUGCACCAGCUGGUUCACUUUGCCGAAGAAAAGAGCAGCUUCUUCAGUUUGCUCGAGAACUCUCAGCUGAGUAUGAUCGAAAACGUCGGCGACACCUGCCUGCUGGACGCGACUCUGGGCAACUACGACGGCGGUAAUGCGGUGAACGCUACGCCGCACUAUUUGAUGCUCAACAAGCAGAACUCGUUCGAGCACGACGAAAGUCUCGGCAUUCUGACUCCCGACCAGAUGACCGACUUCACGGUCGCGCUAGAGUGCUCCAGGACACCAUCCUGCGAAAACAUCACAGGCUCCGGAGGCUCGCGAUUGGCGUUGACGCGCGCGUCCGCGUCGAGACCGUCGGCAGAGGCCGAGCCGACGGAGGAGGCGUCCAGCGAGAGGACACCGUCGCCGGAGGAGCUGCCGCUAGACCCAAAGCCGACGGAACCGAUACGCGGUACCGUGCCCAUCAGUUUCGUCACGUCCGUUACGAGCAUCACCAGUCUGGAAGCUGGUUAUCAGGGCGACGGCGAGAACUCGCGGCCAGCAAGCCGCGGGGCCGAUCCUCCGUCCGUCGCACCGCCGCCGAACCUACCGGUGCCUUGCAGGCAGGAUCCGAUGACGGACUCGGACUUCUUCACGGAGAGCGAUGCCGACGCGUACGAGGAAAUCGUGCGCGGGGAUAGAAAGGCACAGGUGAUCGACGGGACCUUGUUCUGCGCGCCGGGUGGUCGAAGAUGUCCGAGUUUCACCGCGGAGGAGAUGGACUCCAGCGGGAUUUAUUCGGAUCUCGACAAGAGGCAGGACGACCUUCACGCGCCCGAGGAAGCUGUGGAGGAAAACGAAGGCCACACCCCGGACACUAUCGACACGGAGGUGUCUCAGAGGAGCCAGUUGACGCCGGUCAAGCCGGAAGUCAUCAUGGAUUACCUACAGGUCACUUCGAAUCUCGAUUCAUCGGGUGACAACAGUGGUUCGCCGAACCCUGCCGACGUGACGGUGAUCGAGGUGAGAAGUAGUGACAGGACGAAGGUGCAAGGCAAGACGGACUCCUCGACUUUGAAGAAGUAUAAAAUGCCCAAAAGGAACGUCGUCUCGAAGAUCAAAGCGAUGAUCGAGUCUGGACCGAAGGACGAGGCAGAGAAGGAGGCUCGUCGAUCGCAGAGAUCUAGGAAGGGUGGGCGCUGGGACGCUGUCAUGAGUAAGAUCGAAGCGGGGAAGAACGAGCAAAGGGUCAAGGGCAGAUCAGUUCGGAAAGAAGUGAAAUCGAGGAUAUCUCAGACUAUUGGGCAACCGUCCUCUGCUGCAUCGGCUCAAAAGAAAGUCGGCGAUACGAACAAUAAUAAUAAUAAAGAUAAGAGGCGAGCGCGAGGCCGACAAGAAAUGAAAUCGCCGAUUCAAGAAACUGCCAGGAGCUCCGUUCGAAGCUCCCUGAGCGAUCUAAGCAGCGGACCUCCCAAAGACGCACCAAAGAGAUCGCCAACGUCAGUGAACCCGCCAAGAAGACUGGUAGCAAACGGCCGCGGUAGCAGUCAGCCGAAUCGUGUCAACAGUUUCGACACGAAGAAGAACUGCGUCGAAAUUUCGCCGAUCAAUCUUGAGAAGAGCCCGUCGGCUAGCCGAAAGCCGACGAUUACGAGGAGAACGACAAUUGUACCGGCAAAGCAGCACGGUUCAACGGCAUCAUCAAAAGAUCGCGAAACCAAGGAGCACAAUAAUGCCUAUAUGGUCACAAGGGCGUCUUUAGAGACGCGAGAUCAGGCCGCACAAACCGACAUACCGUACGACGCGCUUCAAGUGAAACGAGCGGAACAAGUCAUAGAAGCUCUUUCUAUCACCGUUCAGUAUUUGGCCUACGAGUUGGACGCCUUUUCUACUCCAAAAUUAAAGAAGGAUUGCGAGAACAUGAAGAAGGAAUGGUUGGCUUCGUGCACGGAGAUAGAAGAUUUGAGAACUAGAAACCUCGGCAUUGAAGAGAGGCUCGAGUCGGAGAGAGAGGAUCAUCGGAGAGCCUUGGACCAGCUUCGUGAAGAUCUCGAGGCUCGUCACGCGGAGCAGAUCGCGAUCUUGGAGGCGGCCCUUCAGGAGGAGAGCCGAAGAUGCGAGGUCAGGCUACGGGAUUCCUUGAACGAGGCCGCGAAGGAGCAUCGGGCCGCGGUCACGAAACUGCGAGCGGAACAAGAGGCUGAGUUGCUGCGAAAGGAAUCGGAGUUCAAGAGGAAGUCCGUCGUUCACGACCAAGGCGCAGCGCUCAUCGCCGAAGUCGAGUCCCUGCGCUCGGUACUAGAAAUCAAGAGUCAAGAGAUCGCUGCGCUGAGGUCGGAGCUCGACAACAGCAGGCGAGAGAUCGAAGACAAGGAAGCCUUGCAACAGCGGGUCGACGCAUUCGAGGCUCGAUGCGAAGAUCUGAAGGCGCAGAUUCAGUGCAAGGAGACCCUCGAGAGGCAACUGUCGCACGACAACGAGCUGCUUCACGAGUCGAUUCAUCAGAUCUCGAAGCAGAACAAGCGCCUGUCGCAACGCAACGAGGAACUCCAAUGGAGGUUGCGUCAAAAAAACGAAGUGGUGACCGUUCUUGCGAACCUGCCUAGGCUCUCGCGUUCCCUCGGACCGGAGCAAAUUGAGCAUUCAUUUACACCCGACAAGAACGGUCCACAAGCUACGUCUAUGGUGAAGUUCAUGGUGGAGAAGGGAGAUUCGGUCUCGUGGACGUUGGAGAUCGAGGAUGAAUUCUCAAAAGGGUCCGACACGUCGCCGACUGCGACGGGACCCAAGACGAGCAGAUCAGAUUCGGCGUCCACGGUCUCCAGGCAAGGGUCGCUCAGGCUGACGCCUAGGAGGCCUUCAGUAGACAUGAGAGCAAGAUCCAAGAGUAUUUCUGUCACGGACUCGGCGCGUUCCGACGAACCUUCUUGGGUACCGCCGUUCAACUCGACGCCCAAGACUCGACGAAGACCGAGAAGCGACCCGCCUUCCUCGGCUUCGUCUACAUCUUCCUCCACGUCCUCCUUUUCCGCGUCGGCGGUGACCACGAAUUCCGCGGUCGCCGUUGCUGUCGCGGAAGCUGCCGCAGCGGUCGAAGAUUGCGGAGCUGGCCAGAUGCCUCAGGAAGCCGGCGGCGAAGCGAUGAUCUCUGAAGAGGCGUCGGCCACGAGCAGCGAGGACGAAUCGUCGACGAGCAGCGACAUUCGUCCCUUGCCGAUACAAUUCGCUUGGGGCAAACCCAUCAAGUAACGUUCUCGCAGUCCUCUCGCUUAUGUGACAUUUCGAUUGCGAAGGGCUUACACAACUCGAUCUGAAUGAGUAAUCAUACGGCGCAUCUCUCGUGGCGAUUCAGGAUAUACGAUGAUAUCCUAUUACGAGAAUGAACGUUCACAUGGUUGUUUGAAAGUUGUACGCGCACUUUUUCUAUUACUUCUGUACCUGUACCGAUGAGAACCAUGUCCUUCGUGAAAACUACUAGGUACAUGUUCUUGAUCAGAAUCUACUUUCAAGUGACUACACGCCGGCAGGGAUUGGUCGAAGAUAAAGAAGCUCUUUCUUUAAAUAUGUAGAUUAGAGGCCAUGUUUUUUAUGGUAUUGUGAUGUUUCUCUUAUUUUUUUUUUUUAAAUCGUGACUUCUGUUAUCUUCGUAUACAACUUUGCCUUCACCCGUUCCAGGGUUUGCGUUACGAGCGAUCGUUCGCUGUUUAGAAGUUUUGGUUUUUAAUAUAUGUGUAUACAUACCGACACACGGACCAGUAGUUCAUAGUUACAAAAUAUAAACAUGUAUUCAUUGAUCUAUAAUUCGAUACUGUGAACGAUUAUGUACAACUUCUAUCGAUAUGUCAUUGAAGUCCACAUAAGAAGACCCUGCGAGUGUUCGAAAAAAGAUAAUUUAUGAAAUCUUAACAAACACAGGAAUUGACAUACUCAUUGACAGAAAGAUCAUACUAUUAUAUUGUACGAUCUCUUCGCAAAGAUUACAAAAAAUGUGAGUGUGACACUGUACAGCUCAGCACAUCAGAGAAACAGGCAUGUCUGUUCGCUUAUGGUAGCGGAUGAAACUUUGAAAGGAAAAGAAGUAAGCUUCUUGUUCUUUUAAAGCUUUUUCUGUUUCUUGUAAUCUUUUCAAAGCGUGUUCAAAUGUUGAAUCUGGACAUUUCCUUGCUGUAAAAACUUUCCUCUGACAUUCUUGAUUCUCAGCAAAUGUCUUUUGUCUCGUGAAAACAUUUAUCCAGCUUGGCUUUCUGGUGCUUGCAAUUGCCACCAAGAGUGAACAGAUAUGUUUCGAUUCAGAUGUGCUGAAUUGUACUUACGUCACUACAUAAAUAUAUAUUUAUAUCUUGUAACUAUGAACUAUACUUUUCUUGCGAUCGUAGAUAGUAAGGAUUUUUCGUUUUAUACAAGGAGUGGAUAGGGAAAAAAAUAAACGUCUUUACUUGAUUUCUGCGUAUACCUGUGCAUGUCCUUUAGAUAGAAAAAAUGCGCGUAGAAGUUGGGUUUAAUUGCGUUCUAUUGUAAAUUGUUUGUCGAUAUAGAUGUUACGGGCUACCGGCUGAUCACGAAUCGAGCAUUUUUCAAAACCAACCAAAAUCGAAUUCGGGUCACCGUUUGUUUCAAUCGCGACACUUUUUAUAAGGUACGAUGCGUUUAUAUUACGUCUGUACAUAAAUAACAACGAUGUUUAUAAAUUAAUUAGUCUUUAUGCAAAACAAUGUAAAUAGACAACGACCGUCGGUAUCGAUCCUGUCCUCGAAGAAGAAUACGUCGAUGAGUCAUUUCGCUGUGCUUAACGAAGAAACCUAAUCGUUAUUGAUAUCGGCAGCUUAUCGAACAGUAAGAUUAUCGUGAUACACUGGAAAUUCGUUUACUCGCAGUUUAUUUAAGAAUUCGAGAAUAAAACCCAUUUACGAAGGAAUCGUAAUUAACGAUCAGACUAAAUACUUUUGUUUUUGUAACGUUCAAAUUUUGUUUGAGUGUUUUAUACUCGACGACGUGGAAAAUGGCGGGAACUGGUAAUAUCCUCAACGUUACUCCUUUUAAACGACGAAACGAUACAAUCGUCUGUACUCCCUUUUAUGUACAACGUCAAACUCACAGAUAUGUAUUACGCUAAUGCAGGUGCGACUUGUCGAACCGACUACUAUAGGAAAGAGUAGUCGGGCGAAGGGUUCAUGUUAGGGGAAAGAAAAAGAGAAACUCCGUUCCAAGAAGAGAUGUUCGGUAGCAGUAGUAUAGGAAUAAUUGGAAGGUGUCGAAUAUAAGAAGAAGCAAGUAUUAUUCGCCGAAAACUGUGUUUUCUCUCACAUGUGCUGGCAAAUUUAAUGUAUUAUAUACCUAUCAAAUAAACAUUAUCUGAAUCAAUCA